GCGAGGGCGAUGGCGGCGCCCGCCUGGGCCGAGGGCGUCGCGUCCCGCCUGGCGCGGCAGGAGCAGGAGGUCCGCUGCUUGGCGGCCGAGAUCGCGCGCCUGAAGGAGCCGGAGCGCUGGCCCGGCGUGGGCGGCCUGGCCGGGCCUCCGCUGCCGGAGGCGAGCCCGGGGCUGCAGGCGCUGCGGGCCGAGAACGAGAAGCUCCGCUACCGCCUGGGGCACCUGCGGCGGAGCCUCGGAGCAGAGCUGGCCCGCGCCGGGACCAGGCCUCCGCCGGAGCCCCGGCCAGAGCCGCCUCGGGCGGCCGCGCAGGAUCCUCCCAAUGCAAACCUUGCUGUUCACCAGAGUAAACAUAAAAGGGAGAAGAAGGAAAGUCAAGCUGCUGAUGGAUGUAGAAGUGAGCUACAGCAGGAACCAAGCUUCAUCAAAGAAAGGCUGAAGUUAUAUGAAGCACUGAAGAAAGAGCACGAUGCUCUCCUUGAUUCCAGAGCAUCCCGCCAAAGCAGACCUAUCAAAAUCACUCUUGUUGAUGGGAGGAAGAUGGAGGGGGAAUCCUGGAAAACAACUCCACAUCAGCUAGCUCUACGAAUUAGUCGUGGACUUGCUGAUAAUGCCAUCAUAGCCAAAGUGAAUGGGGAACUGUGGGAUUUAGAUCGGCCGAUGGAAAGAGACUCUUCCUUGGAGCUGCUCACCUUUGAUAGUGAAGAAGCUCAAGCUGUUUAUUGGCAUUCUAGUGCUCACGUUCUUGGAGAAGCAAUGGAAAAUUAUUAUGGUGGAUGCUUGUGCUAUGGACCUCCCAUUGAGAAUGGUUUUUAUUAUGACAUGUACAUUGAAAACAGAGGUGUAUCUAGUACAGAAUUUCCAACCCUGGAGAAUCUGUGUAAAAACAUCAUAAAAGAGAAGCAGCCUUUUGAAAGGCUAGAAGUUCGCAAAGAAAUCCUGCUGGAUAUGUUUAAGUAUAACCAGUUUAAAUGCCGAAUUUUGAAUGACAAGGUUGACACACCAACAACUACAGUGUACAGGUGUGGUCCGCUGAUUGACUUGUGCAGAGGCCCUCAUGUGAGGCAUACUGGAAAAAUUAAGGCCUUAAAGAUUUUUAAGAAUUCCUCCACUUAUUGGGAGGGAAAGGCUGACAUGGAAACACUGCAGAGAAUUUAUGGAAUAUCUUUUCCGGAAAACAAAAUGAUGAAAGAGUGGGAGAAGGUCCAGGAGGAAGCCAAAAAUCGUGAUCACAGGAAAAUUGGCAAAGAACAAGAACUCUUCUUCUUCCAUGAACUGAGUCCAGGAAGUUGUUUCUUUCUGCCCAGAGGUGCCUUUAUUUAUAAUAUACUCAUGGAUUUUAUCAAAGAAGAAUAUCACCGGCGUAACUUCACAGAGGUUGUGUCUCCUAAUAUCUACAACAGUAAACUGUGGCAGGCUUCUGGCCACUGGCAGCACUACAGUGACAACAUGUUUUCUUUUGAGGCUGAGAAGGAAAUGUUUGCCCUUAAGCCAAUGAACUGCCCUGGACACUGCUUGAUGUUUGCCCACCGUCCCCGGUCCUGGAGGGAGAUGCCUUUAAGACUUGCUGACUUUGGAGUUCUUCACCGAAAUGAGCUUUCAGGGACCCUAAGCGGGUUGACUCGGGUCAGGCGCUUCCAACAGGACGACGCCCAUAUCUUUUGCACAAUGGAGCAGAUUGAAGAAGAGAUGAAAGGCUGCUUGAACUUCUUGCAGUCUGUAUAUGCUGUCUUUGGUUUUACCUUCCAACUACAUCUUUCCACAAGGCCCGUCAACUUUCUAGGGGAAAAGGAGAUCUGGGACCAGGCAGAGAGGCAACUCCAGAACAGCCUGGAUGACUUGGGGGAGCCCUGGAAGCUAAAUCUGGGAGACGGAGCAUUUUAUGGUCCCAAGAUUGAUAUUAACAUCAGGGAUGCUAUUGGUCGGUACCAUCAGUGUGCUACUAUCCAGCUUGACUUCCAGCUACCUAUCAGAUUUAAUCUUACUUAUGUGGGAAAAGAUGGAGAUGACAAGAAGAGGCCAGUGAUAAUCCAUAGAGCUAUUUUGGGCUCAGUGGAGCGAAUGAUUGCCAUUCUGACGGAAAACUAUGGUGGAAAAUGGCCCUUUUGGCUUUCUCCUCGGCAGGUCAUGGUAGUUCCUGUCGGUCACACCUGUGAAGAAUAUGCUCAACAGAUUUGCAGUGACUUUUUUGCAGCUGGAUUCAUGGCUGAUGUUGAUCUAGAUCAAAGCUGCACCUUAAACAAGAAGAUAAGAAACGCACAACUGGCUCAGUAUAAUUUUAUUUUUGUGGUUGGAGAAAAGGAGAAAACUAAUAAUGCUGUGAAUGUGCGAACAAGAGACAACAGGGUCCAUGGAGAAGUUUCAGUCGCAUCUGCCAUUGAAAAGCUAAAGGCGUUGAAAGCAUCACACACUUUACAUGCAGAAGAGGAAUUCUAGUUAUUGCUAAUGGAGAGUGUACUGAAAGGUGAAAUAUUGGCUCUAUCAUAAACGUGUUCACCUUGAAUUUAGCUCCACUAUGCUUGGUGGGCUUUACUUCCUGGCAAGUACAUUUAGGACUGCAGCCCUCCAUCAAGGCAGUAGUUUGAUGCUAUAGUACAUCAUGACAUUCAGAAAACUAAACAUGUAGGUGAUGCAGGUUCUUUUGAAACAAUUUCCAGAUGGGUAGCAAAGUUAACCAAGAGGUUUGUGUUACCUUAGAGACUUCGGGUUGUGUUCAGGGUUAGUCUUACAGGAAGAAAGAAUCAUGUGAUGGGAGCAGGCAAAGACAACUUCAGAGCCUUCUCCACAGUUUACAUUUUAUAUUAUUUGUUUUAGUGCUUUAAAAUUGUAAACUGACAAAAAGACAGUAUAUAAAUGCUGUAAAUACUCAGAGUAGAUGCAUUGAAAAUAAUGGACAAACUAACAGGCCAAUUAAUUUCAAGGGGUCUCCUCUGAAUAUAAUUUAGUUGAAUGCAUCCCUAACAAUUUUAUUUAUUUAUUUAUUUAUUAUGGCACAAGUUGAACCAUAACUCAACACCUGUUACUCAAGUUUUCAGCUUCAUGCAUCUGCAGACGUUGAUGGUAGUCCAUGAAAGUUUAUAGUCUAAUAAAUUUGUUAUUCUUUAAGGUGACACAAAACUCCUUGAAGCUGUUGUAUAAACUGUAAAAAAGAAGAAGAAGAAGCAUUAUUAGAUACCACAGGCAUCUUGCUUUAAAAAAACACUUCAAAAUUACACAGCAAAUCUCCCUUUCAUAGAAUGAAAGUCCUUGGGAGGUUCAUACAGAAGUUCUGUUACUGCUACUGCUUUCUGAGGAGAGUUAACAUAUCCUCAAAAUGCAACUUUUUGUGAGCUAGUGUGCAAGUUAUUUUGAGCCUGUCUGAGCAAUCUUAUUUGUGGCAACCUCACCUGUUCAUAUUAGAUUGUCUCAUCAAUAUGUUGGAGUUGUCUUUAUGUUUAGAGGUCAUGUUGCAAAACAAUAGUGUCUGGGUUGAAAGGAAAGGAGUCCAUGAUGAAUCAGUCAAGUGAAGAGUGACUCCAAAGCGUGGAACUCGAAUAGCCUUUCACUGGUGUCAAGUUCUACAUUGUGCCGAGAACUGGCUUAUAUGUAAGGUUAUGCUACAGUUCUGUGUAGCACAAAUGGGAGAUCUCCAUAUUUACGUAGCAUUGUCGCUUUGCGGGCACAAUCCAUCAGGAAGUCCUGCUGGAGCCUCAUUGAAACGGAACAGGUUGUUUGGUCCAUGUCAUUGGGUGUGCACCUUCCUGAUGGAUUGAGCCUUAUAACAUGUUCUUAUUUUUUAAAAAGCAAACUCCUGACAAAUUAGAGUUGCUUCCCCCACUUUAGAGCAAUGAAUAAGCCCACAUAGAAGCUUUUGAAUAAAAUUACAUUAUAAUCAG